AUGUCAAUAAUUUGCUGCUCAUAUUGCCUCUUAGACGCAAUCUUUAUAUCUGAUUGUGGUCAGUUUAAAGCAUGCCCAAAGCAUAAAGCUCAAGGGCAUCAGGUAAAACGAAGAAAGCCACCAAUCAACGAAGAAUCCAAAGAGAUCUUAUUCAGUUUUGUCUGCACAUUAAAGAAGGAAUUUAUUGCCCGAAUUGAUAUAUUAAUUAAAGAAAGCAUACAAAAUGAGGAUAAUAAAAAAUACCAGGAGGAACUAAAAUUAACAAGUUAA